GCCUCACCAGACAGUCAGUGAAGCAGCAGGACUUGAGGCAAGCCUUUCCAUGCCUAAGACUAAGAAAGACACUAUGGAAUCCACUAUGGACAGCCUCCUGAUGAAGCAGAGGAAAUUUCUUUACCAUUUCAAGAAUGUCCGCUGGGCUAAGGGUCGCCAUGAGACCUACUUGUGCUACGUGGUGAAGCGGCGGGAUAGCGCCACCUCCUUUUCACUGGACUUCGGUCACCUUCGAAACAAGUCGGGCUGCCACGUGGAGCUGCUCUUCCUCCGCUACAUCUCCGACUGGGACCUAGACCCUGGCCGGUGCUACCGCGUCACCUGGUUCACCUCCUGGAGCCCCUGCUACGACUGUGCCCGGCACGUGGCCGACUUUCUGAGAGGGUACCCCAACCUCAGCCUGAGGAUCUUCACCGCGCGCCUCUACUUCUGCGAGGACCGCAAGGCUGAGCCCGAGGGGCUGCGGCGGCUGCACCGCGCGGGGGUCCAGAUCGCCAUCAUGACCUUCAAAGAUUAUUUUUAUUGCUGGAAUACUUUUGUGGAAAAUCGUGAAAAAACUUUCAAAGCCUGGGAGGGGUUGCACGAAAAUUCCGUCCGACUAUCCAGACAGCUUCGACGCAUUCUGUUGCCCCUGUAUGAGGUUGAUGACUUACGAGAUGCAUUUCGUACUUUGGGACUUUGAUAUCAUCCUCCAAGAAAUGUCACUUAAAAUGAACCAUCUCUGAAGACAGUGGGUAAAAAGACUAUCUUGUAAGCAUUCUGUUGUUCUUCAACUCUCAUUUCCGUAAGAGUUUAGAGAGAAAAUAUUCAUGUACAGGACUUUGUUAAAAACAAACCAAACCAAAACAAAACCCCGACUUGAAAGUACAGAAGGAACACAGGCCCACCCGGGUAAUGCUGCAACUGGCGCAGCUUCUAAUGCAAUAGCGCUCCCUACUGGGAAAUGACAGAAUUGCAGGGAGCACCUAAAGUAUGUUCUUUGACUCUGGCGGGGAGGAAGCAAAAGGUAAACCUGUAAAAGCAUGGUGAGAAGAUCAAACGUUUAUAAUAUGUAUCCUUUAUUAUCUGAUUCAUACAGAAUUUUCAAUGAUAUUGGUGAUAGAUUUUUCUACUCUUUUCCUUUGGGGUUCACUUUCAAGUGAACAAACUCACACCAGUCCAUGAUCUAUAUAGAACCUCCUAACGAAAGGAUCUGGGUGAUUAUAACCCCCAAACAUCUUCCCAGGGCAUUAAUAUCUAACCAUGUACUGUAUGUUUUCAUUGUCUCAGGUAUGUUUUUAUGUUUGUACAUAGAAAAGUUCUUUUUCUUGGUAUGAAAUAUGCAUGAUUGCCUUCAGGCUAUUUUAUAAUAAAGGAUCUUAAAGUGAAUGAGGACUGUGAAGAACACACUGUAAAAGUUAGCCGAUACCAAGUAACACAUCUGGAAAUAUAGAUCCUUUUAAAGAAGUCCAUACGUCAGAAACCACAACCACAAAUUUCACAUUUAAUUAGGUAACACUUGGAAAAGAGUUCCUUCAUUCAAUAUUGAGAAAAACCUGUCCUCUCAGUGGGUCUCUUGAACAAAGUCAACCAGGCCAAUGUUUCUGACUUUUUGUAUGUAUCCAAUGCUCCUCUCAAAAAAUUGCUCAUUAUGUAGGAGAGUGUAGUAAAAAGAGAAUAACAUUUGGAGAGGAAGGAUAACAGAGCAUUCAUUACAAAGUGUUUUCUCCUGCAAAACAUAGGGAGCAACAUAGCAGAGAAUGUCUUAACAAUGAGAAAAAUAUUCAAAUAACUAUAUCACUGAGCAAUUAUUACCUAGCAACCCUUGCUAUGCAGAUAAAUAGAUCUGCAAGACAAGUUGAAUGCACAACUGUGUUGUUUUACAAAUACAAAUGGGUGUCAGGACCAAUCAAUAGGAGAAAGAAUAACCCUUUGCAACAAACUGUGCUGGGACAACUGGAUAUCUAUAUGUGAAAGAAUGAAUUUGGAUCUCUUACCAUAUACCAUAUACCUUCAUGUAAGAACUAAUUUAUCAAAUUUAUCAAAUACCUUCAUGUAAGAACUAAAAUUAUAAAACCCUUAGAAGAAAACAUAGGUGGAAAUCUUCAUGACCUUGGAUAUGGCCAAGUCCCUUAAAUGACACCAAAGCACAAGCAACAGAAGGAAUAGAGAAAUUGGACUUCUUUAAAAUUGAAAGCUUUUGUGCAUCAAAAGACAGGCAAGGAAGCAAAAAGAAAACUUGCAAAAUGGGGGGAAAUAUUUGCAAAUAAUAUACCUGGUAAGACUUUUUUUUAAUUUUUUUUAAGGAUUUUAUUUAUUUAUUUGACAGCAACAGACACAGUAAAAGAGGGACCACAAGCAAGCGGAGUGGGAGAGGGAGAAGCAGGCUUCCCACUGAGCAGGGAACCUGACUUGGGGCUCGGUCCCAGAACCCUGGGAUCUUGACCUGAGCCAAAAGCAGAAGCUUAACAACUGAGCCACCCAGGCACCCCCUGGUAAGACUAUAGUAGACAGAAUAUACCAAGAACUCUUACAACUCAAUACAAAAAACAAACUAAUUUAAAAAUGGCAAAAAGACCUGAAUAGACCUUCCUCCAAAGAAGAUACACGUAUGGCUAAUAUGCACAUGAAAGGUACUCAACAUCCUUAGUCUUUAGGGAAAUGCAAAUCAAAGCCACAAUGAGAUACCACUCAUGCUACUACAGCAUGACUAUCAACAACAUUAAAAACCAUUACAAUGUUGCUAAGGAUGAAGAAACUGAAACCAUCCAUAUUAUUAAACGGUGGACAUGUAAAAUUGUGCGGCUACUAUGGAAAACAGCUUGGUGGUUCCUCAGAAGCUGAACCACAGAAUUACUGUAUCACCCAGCAAUUCAACUUCUAGGUAUAAAUCCAAGAGAUUAAAAGCAUGCAUUGAAAUAAAAACUCAUCUAUGAGUAUUUAUAGCAGGAGUAUUCGUAAUAGGCAAAAAAAAAAAAAAAAAAAAAGGAAACAUUCAAUUCAAUGUCCAUCAAGUGAUAGGUGGAUAAAUAAUUGUGUGUGAUAUCCAUACAACAGUAUUUUAUUUAGUCAUAAAAAGGAAUGAAGUAGGGACACGCUACAAUGUGGAUAGAUCUUGGAAACAUUGCGCCAAUGGAAAGAAAUAUAGACACAAAAUGCCAUACAUUUUUUUAUUCCACUCUUGAAAUCUCCAGAACAUGUAACCCCACAGAGACAAAAAGAUUAGUGGUUGCAAGGGGUAAGAGGGAAAAGGGCAUGGGAAUGAAUGCAUAUGGAGUUUCUUUUAGGGGUAAUGAAAAUGGCCUACAAUUCAAUAAUGGUGAUGGUUACAAAACAUUCUAAAUGUACUAAAACCCACAAACUUGUAUAUUUUAGAGCUGUGUCUGAAUGUAUAAAUGGAUUUAUAAAUAUAAAUUUUAUGUUAUGCGAAUUUUAUCUUGAUUUUUAAGACAAGUCAAUAUGACUUGAGUCAAGCAACCCUGAAUUUGAAUUCUAUUUCUCACAACAGUGUACAAGAUAUAAUUAACCUCUCUACAGCCUUCAUUUCCUAUCUCUACAUGAGUAUGAUAAUACAAACUUCUCACAUAUUUUUGGUAAAUAUUAAAUUAGAAGAUAACACAAAGCUGGUACUAUCUUAGUGAUUAGCACGGCAACCCUUUCUGUUUUCAGGGCAGAAACCUAGAAAUCACCCUUGACACAUCACCUUCUGCCCCCAUUUCCGGUCCUAUCCACUUUGCAUACUAAAUACUUCUUGAAUUCAUUUACUUUUCUCUCGCUCCUCUACUAGUACCUAAGAAAGGGGGAAAAAAACAACAACAAAAAAUUGCCCGAUUGUUGAAAGCAGGCCUGAUACUUCUAGCCAGGCCAUUAUUAAUAUCCUGCUGGACAUAAACAAUCUCAUAGACUACUAACCUCAGACAAGAUUACUCAGACUGAUAAAAUGAGAAAGCAAAACCAUUUCUUCAUUUGUCUGAACCACCCCACAAACACCACCUCUCUUGACUGGAAGGAAUGACUGCUACUUCUUUACCAAUUACAGCUUUAUCCACAUUCUAGUCAGUCCUCCCGAAGAUGUGACACACCCAAUUACACAACUGACCGAAUUCCCUCACCAUAUCUAAUCUAACACAAAUUCCCAUUUUCUUAGCCCCUCCCCCCAAACAAACCAAAGCCCAAAUUCUGAAAUUAAAUGCAUAGUCAUGAAGUGUCUCAGUAAGAGAAACACCCUCAUAGUGAGACACUUCAUGCUCAUGACUCCCCAUAAUGUGGGUUCUCCCUCACUGCAAGAGUAUAAAUCCUACUUGUUCAACUACAGAAGGUGUGUUAUUUAUUAUUGUCUUUGAAUGGAGGCCAUUGACACAUCUCAGUUGGAGCUACAGAUAUCUUUUAGUCUAUUGUCAUAGUUACGACAUUUACUAAUUCUUACUAUAUUUUACUGGGAAGUGCAGAGGCCACUGUGAGGCAAUAGGCUUGAGCAACUGAAACAGGAGUGAGGCAAAAUGACCCACAGCGACCACCCUGGUGACACACAGGCUCAUUAAGACACUCACCUCGAAAUCGCUGUAGGUCUUAAUUAACCAAUUGGCUAGUUACAACUGGGCAGUUACCAAAAGGGGAAAGUUCCAUACAUUCCAUACCCUCUCACUCUGCCCUGUAACUGUGGUACCUCACCACCAUUUUGUGGUAGACAGUCUCCCUUGCAAUGUAUUCAAUAAACUUCUCUUUUGUUCUGCCCUGGGUGAAUUCUUUCGCAGUGGCCUCCUCUCAGUCUGGAUGCCCUGCAAGAAGUAGCCUGUGGUGGUGAUGAUAUGGCUGGUUUUAAGAAAAUUUCAUGAGAAAUAAAUACUAAAUCUGCUAAUUAAUCAUUCAUUCUCUCUAAUAUUUACUGAUCAACUAUUAGAGCAUUGUGACCAACAUAAUGGAGAUUAUGUAUUUAUGUAUGUAUCUAUAUACCUUUGUUCAAAAAGCUUACAUUCUGCCAGAAAGACAAUCCAUGUACAAGAAAAUACAACAUAGGUUUUUAAAUGGGGUUGGGGUACUUUUUGU